CGCCCUUCUCGGCUUCCUGACGCUCGCAGCUCGCGCUUGGGCUCGCGAUGGGGAAGAAGUCCAGGGCGGUACCCGGCCGUAGGCCUAUCCUGCAGCUCUCUCCGCCGGGUCCUCGGAGCAGCACGCCGAGCCGGGACCCGGAGCCGGAACUCGACAGCGAGCCGGACUCGGCGACGACAACUCCCAGCCAGCCAGCCCCGGCGGCGACACCCAGCCAGCCAACCCCGGCGGCGCCGCAGCCGCAGCCGACCGUGGUGAUUGCCGCGGUCGCCCCAGAGGACUCGCCUUCAGAAGAUGAGCAGGAAGUGGUGGUGGAGGUUCCCAGAGUUGUUCAGAAUCCUCCAAAACCAGUCAUGACCACCAGGCCUACAGCCGUCAAAGCAACAGGAGGUUUAUGCUUGCUUGGUGCAUAUGCUGAUAGUGAUGAUGAAGAGAGUGAUGUUUCAGAAAAACCAGCACAGUCUAAAGAGGCGAAUGGAAAUCAGUCAGCUGAUAUCGAUAGUACAUUGGCCAACUUUCUAGCGGAGAUUGAUGCAAUAACAGCUCCUCAGCCUGCAGCUCCUGUAGGAGUUUCUGCUCCACCUCCAACUCCACCUCGCCCAGAGCCAAAGGAAUCAGCAGCAUCUUCCCUUUCUUCCACUGCUUCAAAUGGAACAGACUCAACCCAGACACCAGGGUGGCAGUAUGACACUCAGUGUUCACUGGCAGGAGUUGGAAUUGAGAUGGGAGAUUGGCAAGAAGUCUGGGAUGAGAACACAGGAUGCUAUUAUUAUUGGAACACACAAACAAAUGAAGUGACGUGGGAGUUACCCCAGUAUCUAGCCACCCAGGUACAGGGAUUACAACAUUACCAGCCCAGUUCUAUAACAGGUGCUGAAGCUAGCUUUGUGGUAAAUACAGACGUGUACAAUAAGGACAAAAAUAUUUCUGUUUCCAGUAGUAAAAGUGGACCAAUCAUAGCCAAGCGAGAAGUUAAAAAGGAAGUAAAUGAAGGAAUUCAGGCUCUCUCAAAUAAUGAGGAAGAAAAGAAAGGGGUCGCAGCAUCACUACUUGCUCCUUUAUUGCCUGAGGGAAUAAAAGAAGAAGAAGAGAGAUGGAGAAGAAAAGUAAUUUGUAAAGAAGUAGAGCCAAUUUCAGAACUGAAAGAAACAAGUACAACAGAAGAAGUAGCAACAAUAGUAAAGCCACCGGAAACUGUACUGGACAAUAUGGAAGACCCUUCUCAGGAGGAUCUUUGCAGUGUUGUUCAAUCUGGAGAAAGUGAGGAGGAAGAGGAACAAGAUACUCUUGAACUGGAGCUAGUUUUAGAAAGGAAAAAAGCAGAAUUGCGAGCCUUGGAGGAAGGAGAUGGUAGUGUGUCAGGGUCUAGUCCGUGUUCUGAUGUCAGCCAGCCAGCAUCUCAAGAUGGAAUGCGUAGACUUAUGUCUAAAAAAGGGAAAUGGAAGAUGUUUGUUCGAGCUACCAGUCCAGAAUCUACCAGCCGGAGUUCUAGCAAAACUGGACGAGAGACUCCAGAAAAUGGAGAAGCUGCAAUUGGUGCUGAAAAUUCAGAAAAAAUAGAUGAGAAUUCAGACAAAGAGAUGGAAAUAGAAGAAUCUUCAGAGAAGAUAAAAAUACAAACAGCACCUAAAGUAGAAGAAGAACAGGAUUUAAAAUUUCAGAUUGGAGAACUAGCAAAUACCCUGACAAGUAAAUUUGAAUUUUUAGGCAUCAAUAGACAGUCCAUCUCCAACUUUCAUGUGCUGCUCUUACAGACUGAGACUCGGAUUGCAGACUGGCGUGAAGGGGCUCUUAAUGGAAACUACCUUAAACGAAAACUUCAGGAUGCAGCAGAACAACUAAAACAGUAUGAAAUAAACGCCACUCCUAAAGGCUGGUCCUGCCACUGGGACAGGGAUCAUAGACGAUAUUUCUAUGUAAACGAACAAUCGGGCGAGUCUCAGUGGGAGUUCCCAGAUGGUGAGGAGGAGGAGGAAGAAAGCCAAGCACACGAAAGUAGAGACGAGACUCUUCCUAAACAGACCUUGAAAGACAAAACUGGCACUGAUUCAAAUUCUACAGAAUCCUCCGAGAAUUCCUCAGGUUCUCUUUGUAAAGAGUCCUUUUCUGGUCAAGUUUCUUCUUCAUCACUCAUGCCACUUACUCCAUUUUGGACCCUCCUUCAGUCAAAUGUGCCAGUGCUUCAACCUCCAUUACCUUUGGAAAUGCCACCGCCCCCACCUCCGCCCCCAGAAUCUCCUCCUCCGCCUCCCCCACCCCCUCCUCCUGUAGAAGAUGGUGAGAUCCAGGAGGUAGAGAUGGAGGAUGAGGGAAGUGAGGAGCCUCCUGCCCCAGGAACAGAGGAGGAUACUCCAUUGAAACCUACACAAGCCACCAUUGUAACCAGUCAGAGUUCCGUUGAUUCUACCAUCUCUAGUUCUCCUGCCACUAAAGCAGUAAAGAGAAAAGCUACAGAAAUUAGCACUGCCGUAGUUCAGAGAUCAGCUACCAUUGGUAGUUCUCCGGUCCUCUACAGCCAGUCAGCUAUAGCUGCAGGUCACCAGGCAACAGGAACUGGGCAACAGUCUACGGGGAUUGGACACCAGGCAAUAUCAGUUAGCCAUCCAGCAACAGGAAUGGGUCAUCAGGCCAGAGGACUGAGCCUACAGGCAAACUACCUAGGACUGGCAUCCACCUCUGCAAUUAUGAGUUACGCUGAAUGCUCUGUCCCAAUGACAGUGACUUCUCCCACAUUGCAGCCAGUCCAGGCCCGAGGUGCUGUGCCUGCCACUGCUGUUAUAGAACCGCCGCCACCGCCACCACCUCCUGCUCCUGCAACACCACCACCAGCUCCCAAAAUGCCGCCACCUGAGAAGACAAAAAAAGGAAAGAAAGAUAAGGCAAAGAAGAGUAAAACCAAAAUGCCAUCUCUGGUAAAGAAGUGGCAGAGUAUCCAGCGUGAGUUAGAUGAAGAGGAGAACUCUAGUUCCAGCGAGGAGGACCGGGAAUCUACAGCACAGAAACGAAUUGAAGAGUGGAAACAGCAGCAGCUGGUCAGUGGCAUGGCAGAGAGAAAUGCUAAUUUUGAAGCCCUUCCUGAGGAUUGGCGAGCAAGACUAAAGCGAAGGAAAAUGGCUCCAAACACAUAGUUUUUGUUUUGUUUUUAAUUUUUGAUUGUGUGUGUUCAGAGUCUUAACCUGUUUUACUGUUGUCAAUAAACUAAAUGUUAUGAGGGAGAGCAUAUGAAUUUUCUGGGCAAGGAUAUACACAUACAAAGUUUCACAUUUGUGAAAUGCAGGUUUUUCUAUUUUGCUGAAGGGUGGGGUGACCAAAUACUUUGACCUGGCUGCCUUUAUGCUCACACUGGCCAACUCAGCAUGUUAGGUACAUAACCUCAUCAGUCUGGAACGCGUGGCUCAUGAGGGUGACGCUUCUGUUGAGGACACUGACAGAAAGUGAAUGAUUUUCCUUCUGAAUGGAGGCUCAUUAAGCGUCCCAGUGUGGAGCUCUCUCUCAUUCUACUCCAGAACAAGUGCAAUUAAGAAGGCAGCUCUGUCAUCUACCUUGCUGAACUGGGACUGGGAGAACCUCUGACCCCGCUCCGGUCUGCGCCCCUGGAGUGCUAAGGAGCAUCAGCUGGUGGUUUCCCUUGUGCUGACAGAUGGCCACGCUCUUAAAACUAUUGUAUCUCACACAGUCUAGAACUGAUAGUUGUCAUUUCAUACACAAGACAAAGUAUUUCCAUUUCUGUACCGGCCAGCCACACGCGUUCUUGUCUUUGAUUUUGAGAAUUUCCCCCUUACAUCUGUGGCAGUAACUAACCAGAGCCACUGUAUACGUUGAUGUCUCCGUUGUCUUACCUUAUUCCAAAAUUCACCUCCCUUUAAUGUGUGAACGUAUUUUCCAUAAAAUUCCAGUAUUUAAAAAGCAGUUUACUGUUCUGUAUUUUCUAUUGUACCACAAUCAGGUAAAAGUCACUUUAAACCGAAGAAAAGUCAAAUUGUGUUUUAAAGCUGUUUGUAUUUAUCCAGUUUCUGACCUUGUAAAUUUGUAUAUA